AUGUCGUUCGUCGCUUGUGUCCUCCUUAUGCUCACGCAAGAAAUGCCUUGUCUUGCUUCAUCUGGAAGCCCUUCUCUAGUGACCCUUGCUGGUCCUAGUAAUCAAACCAGAAAUGAGGAACUGGAGGCACUCCUUACAUGGAAGUCUGAGCUAGACAGCCAGAGUCACUAUACUUUGUCUUCGUGGAAUGGAAGCAACCCUUGUUCAUGGCGUGGAAUCGAUUGCGAUCCUCCUGGGAGCGUUGUGAGCCUUAACGUCUCAGAUUCUGCCAUACAUGGUACGCUUCGUCAUCUCAAUUUCUCCCUACUGCCCAAAUUGGUCACUCUGAAGCUUGCCAACAACUCACUUUUCGGAAACAUCCCUCCGAGCAUGGCUCUUCUUGCCAAGCUUACUCAUCUAGACUUGUCUCGAAAUCACUUCUCAGGAAACAUUCCAGCUCAACUAGGGUCCUUGCGAUCUCUCCAGGUUCUCAAACUAUCGAAUAAUAAUUUCAAUGGCCCAAUUCCCAAUGAGAUAGGCAGCUUGAGCAACUUGACCGGCCUAUUUCUUUCUACAAAUAAACUUUCUGGUUUCAUCCCUAGAGAAAUAGGAAGGCUCAAGUCUCUCAAUUACCUCAAGUUAAAGAACAAUCGCAUCACUGGUCCUAUUCCUGCUUCCACGGGAAACAUGAGCAGCUUGAUAAAGAUGUGGCUUUGCCAUAAUCAACUUGUUGGGGCCAUUCCAGAGGAAAUAGGGAUGUUGGGGUCUCUCAUUAAACUUGAUUUAUCUUCCAAUUAUCUCAGUGGUUACAUCCCUAAAACUCUAGGAAAUUUGAGUGAUUUAGCAUUUCUUUACUUAUAUCAAAACCAACUUUCCGGUCCCAUACCUUCGGAAGUUGGAGGAAUGAGAUCCCUCAUAUAUUUCCUAUUGCCAUUAAAUGAUUUAAUAGGUCCUAUCCCAUCAUCCAUAGGUAAAUUGAGCAAUUUGAAUCACCUUUCCCUUCACAUGAAUAAGUUGUCGGGCUCCAUCCCAUCAUCCAUAGGUAACUUAAGUAAUUUGAAUGCUCUUGACCUUUACAACAAUAAACUUUCCGGGCCCAUUCCGUCCUCCAUAGGCAACUUGAGCAAUCUGAACAAUCUUUUCCUUCACACCAAUGAGUUGUCAGGCCCUAUCCCAUCAUCCAUAGGUAACUUGAACAAUCUAGAAGCUCUUGUGCUUCACAUCAAUGAGUUGCCGGGCCCUAUCCCGUCAUCCAUAGGAAAGCUAGGACUCCUUGGUCAUUUAAUUCUAUUUAUGAAUAAUCUAGAGGGCUUUCUUCCCAUCGAGAUGAAUAAUCUCACAUCCCUCAUUGGCCUAGCUCUAUCUGAUAACAACUUUGUUGGCCCUAUCCCGCCAUCCAUAGGUAACUUGAGCAAUCUAAAACAACUUUUUCUUCACAUGAAUGAGUUGUCCGGCCCUAUCCCGUCAUCCAUAGUUAACUUGAGCAAUCUGAAAAAUCUUUUGCUUCAAUUUAAUGAGUUGUCAGGCUCUAUCCCAUCAUCCAUCAUCCAUAGGAAAGCUAGGAAUCCUCGGUCAUUUAUUUAUAUCCACGAAUAA